AUGCCUCCGCCCUCUUCGCAGUCAUCUGCCUCAUCCUCCCCAAGCCUCAAGCGGAAGCAGCCCACUAUCUCCAACUUCUUUACCAAGAAACCACUAGCGCCACAGCACUCGCCGAAUGAAGCCAGCAGUCCGCCAGCUAGUGCUAGACCCAACGAACCCGAUGAAACCGAGAACGCAAACAAGCUGGUGGAGCAUGAUGAUGAGGAUGUAGUAGCCCCAGCGCCGAAGCGUUCAAAGACGAAUGGAUACCAACCAGAACAACUACCACCGGCCGCAAAGCCGAAGCCGGCCACUUCCCAGCAGGCACCGCAACCGACAAGCAGCCAAAGGACUGAGCUUCUGAAGUUUACUAGCUCCCCUGCUGUUGCUUCAGAGUCAGUGGAAACAAUGAAAGUGGAUAGGGAGGAAGUAAGACAGCGGCAGAAAGAGAGGGAAAAACUGCAUCAGAAAUUCGUCCGGAAACUUGGUGGCGCGGACUGUGCUAUUGGGAUCAAUCGCAAGACCACCAGCGAAGCGACCCCUACAGAGGAGGCUGCGGAGGGCGAGGAUGAAGAAGAAGCGCCACCACCGGUUCAGACAAAGGGGAGAGCGUCGGGGAAGAAGGGCGGCGGUAAGCUCACGCCAAUGGAGAAGCAGAUAAUUGAGAUCAAACGGAAUCAUAUGGAUACGAUACUACUGGUUGAGGUUGGGUACAAAUUUCGGUUCUUUGGAGAAGAUGCGAGGAUCGCCGCAAAGGAACUUAGCAUUGUAUGCAUUCCGGGCAAGUUUCGAUUUGACGAGCACCCGUCAGAAGCUCACCUCGACCGGUUCGCCUCUGCGAGUAUACCAGUUCCAAGAUUACAUGUUCAUGUGAAGCGUCUCGUUUCCGCUGGGCAUAAAGUAGGUGUGGUCAGACAGCUGGAGACUGCCGCACUGAAAGCUGCCGGAGAUAACCGCAACGCCCCGUUUGUUCGCAAAUUGACCAACGUGUACACCAAGAGCACAUACAUUGAUGAUAUAGAGGGCCUGGAAGGAUCUACUGCUGGGACGUCUGGUGCUUCGGCCACUGGUUACAUCCUGAGUAUAGCGGAGACAAAUGCUAGGGGCUGGGGAAACGAUGAGAAAGUUCAUGUGGGAGUCGUUGCCGUGCAGCCGACCACGGGAGAUAUUGUCUACGACGAGUUCGAAGAUGGUUUCAUGCGGAGUGAGAUUGAGACGAGACUACUUCAUAUUGCUCCGUGUGAACUGCUUAUCGUUGGCGAGCUUUCGAAAGCUACGGAGAAGCUCGUCAAGCACUUGUCAGGGAGCAAAACAAACGUCUUUGGCGAUCAAAUUCGGGUCGAACGGGCGCCUAAACCAAAGACCGCCGCUGCUGAAUCACACAGCCAUGUCUCGAGCUUUUAUGCCGGAAAGAUGAAGUCAGCGGAUGCUUCAGACGAUGAGGUUGCCAGCAACCUACUCCAAAAAGUGCUUAAUCUUCCAGAUCAAGUUACAAUCUGCCUCUCUGCAAUGAUCAAGCAUAUGACGGAGUACGGACUGGAGCAUGUCUUGGAGCUGACAAAGUACUUCCAGCAUUUCUCUUCUCGCUCGCAUAUGCUUCUCAAUGGCAAUACCCUUACGAGUCUUGAGAUAUACCAGAAUCAAACAGAUUAUUCUGCAAAAGGCAGCCUGUUCUGGACACUGGAUCGGACACAGACUCGGUUCGGACAGAGAAUGCUUCGGAAAUGGGUCGGGCGGCCAUUAUUGAAUAAACGGCAACUCGAGGAGCGAAUCAACGCUGUGGAAGAGUUAAAGGAUCCUCAGAAUACCACAACUCUAGAGCGAGUCAAGUCUCUACUCGGAAGAGUCAAGCAUGACCUGGAAAAGGGGUUGAUUCGGAUAUACUAUGGAAAGUGCUCCCGGCCCGAACUUCUCAAUAUUCUACAGACCAUGCAGAUGAUUGCACAAGAAUUCAGCGAUAUCAAGUCUCCUCUGGAUACAGGAUUUUCCUCGCCAGCAAUCAGCCAAGCAAUUGCUUCCCUUCCUACCAUCCUCGACGACGUUGUUUCGUUCCUGAACAAAUUGAAUAUGCACGCGGCUCGGAAUGACGACAAGUAUGCUUUUUUCCGUGAAGCGGAGGAAUCCGAGGAUAUUAGCGAGCACAAGCUUGGAAUUGGUGGAGUUGAGCACGAGCUCGACGAGCACCGCUCAGAAGCUGGACAGGCUGUGGGAAGGAAGACUGUCACUUACUCGUCUGUUGCCGGUAUUGAUUUUCUCAUUGAAAUUGAGAACACCUCGGCAGCUAUGAAACUAGUGCCAGCGUCCUGGGUGAAGAUCAGUGGCACAAAGAAGGUGUCGAGGUUUCACACACCGCAAGUGAUCAAGCUGAUACGGCAAAGAGAUCAACACCGGGAGGCGCUUGCUGCCGCCUGCGACAAGGCCUUUUUGGCCUUUCAAGCCGAAAUAGCAGCUAAUUACCAGACUCUUCGAGACUGUGUACAGUCCCUGGCGACGCUGGACUGCCUAAUCUCCUUAGCCACUAUUGCCAGCCAGCCGGGCUACGUGAAGCCCGAGUACACAGAGGAAACAUGUAUUCACGUGGAGCAAGGGCGUCAUCCGAUGGUGGAACAACUAUUACUCGACAGCUAUGUACCCAAUGACAUUAACCUGAGAAGCGACAAAACACGGGCCCUCUUAGUGACGGGCCCAAACAUGGGCGGAAAGUCUAGUUACGUGCGGCAGGUAGCGUUGAUAUCCAUUAUGGGCCAGAUCGGCUCGUAUGUCCCUGCGCAAUCCGCGAAACUCGGAAUGUUAGACGCCGUCUUUACACGGAUGGGUGCCUUUGACAAUAUGCUGGCGGGAGAGUCGACUUUUAUGGUGGAACUUUCCGAGACAGCAGACAUCCUAAAGCAAGCAACCCCGCGCUCUCUCGUGAUUCUCGACGAGCUGGGCCGCGGCACGUCCACGCACGACGGAGUGGCGAUCGCGCAGGCUGUCCUGGAUUAUAUGGUGCGGUCUCUUCGCAGUCUUACUCUUUUCAUCACACACUACCAGCAUCUCUCAUCUAUGGUGAACUCAUUCCCCGACGGCGAGCUGCGGAACGUACACAUGCGAUUUAGCGAAUCAAAGAGAGGGACAGACGAAGAAAUCACCUUCCUCUAUGAGGUCGGAGAAGGUGUAGCGCAUCGCAGCUACGGAUUGAAUGUUGCUCGCUUGGCGAACCUUCCGUCUUCCAUGCUGGAGAUGGCCAAACAGAAGAGUGCGGAGUUGGAAGAAAAGAUCCGCCGUCGUCGACUCGCUGGACUUGUCUCGACCGUUGGAAACGUAAUGGAAAGCGCGGAUGAGGCCUUGAUUGAAAGGCUUGUCAGCACCAUGGAAGACUUGUAA